ACACCAGUCGAUGCUUCACUACUCACAUUCCCGAAACUUUAUAUUUUUAUUUUCGCGAAUUGGUGGAUACGUUUUUGUCUGAUUUAUAAACCAGUAGUCAGUAUGUUCAGCUGUUCUAUAUGCGACCACAGGAAGAUUGCACUGAGCACUGAGCCGGAAUACGAGUUCCGGCGCCGGAAGAGAAACUCCGAAGAGAUGGAACUUUACGGGGUCUCGAACUAUUGUAGUGAAUGCCAGUUGGUCACCUUCUUUGUCAAUCUCGUGAACUUUGAAGGCCCUCUACGAGGAUCAUUGAUGUGGAAAAUUCUAUGGGCUGCUGCAGAAAAUGUGGGGAAAAUGCCGUUGCAGAAAUCGCAGGACGCGGGGGUCCAAACGAGAGCUCUAGAGAUCGACAACCCAUUCGUGAUUGUUAUGGCGCCGCCAGCGUCCCGGGAGAUGAUUGGCCAUCAGGAAAAAGAAGCAGAAGAGUCGUCUGUUGGUUUCAGCGAAACCGAUACGCAGUUCGAUAAGGUCAUAAAAAACAUUCUGAACACAUCCUCUGACACCGAUUCAGUUAGCUCCCACAAGGUCGAGGAACUAACGGUGCUCUAUCGGCGCCAACCGGAGACAAGACCAGAUUACCAUAGCUCCACGUGCAGGUCGGUUGGAGUGGACCACGCCAGUGCCCGUCGCAUUCCCCCAGCAUUACCCCAUCUGCAGUGCGAAAUGAAGCAAAAAAAGAAGCGACUGGAGGAGCUAGUCACCAUUGGACGUCGUCUCGAGGACAAAACCACAAAGCUUCGCAUGGAGAUGGCGGCCCUGGAGAAGCAGAAGCAGCAGGAAGAGAUCUCGGAGUGGCAACGGGAGGCUGAUAGCGCUUUGGCCUGCGAAAGCUCGUGGUGGGGCCGCGAGAACCUGAACACGGUUUUCGGUAAGUGGUCUCCGGAGCGAAGGGACAAGAACAUGGAAGACCAGGCAAACUUUCUACUGCAGGCCCUCGAGGAGCAGAGUGGAGUCAAGGAUAGGGAAAGCGACACAGAUUAUCGCUCACUAAAAGAUGGGAAGACGGAAACUAAGGUACAAGGCACCCACAAAUAUAGGAGUGGAGAGAACGAUCCUCGCUCACGAAAAGAUCAGGGUGGAGUAGGGGAUAGUCGCUCACUAAAAGAUCAUGAUGGAAAUCUAUACAUAAGAUCUCCGCCAGCGGAGAAAGUGCAUAAAGCUGCUCGGCCAGACACCAACAGCUUCAAGGCCAAUGAACAUCCUAUUAAUCCGUUUGCGAGUCCCAGAGAGAAACCCCAGACGCUACAGAUCUGCAAGGAACCCAUAAACUGUCCCAUAAGCGUUGAGUGCCAGGAACGGUGCGUCAUAUCGGACUUCAGCACUCACGUGCUGUACGAUCAUCAAAACGUGAUGUUGGAGCGGAUCGAUUUGGGGCAGACCAAGACCUUCCACCUGGAUCCGAGGCUCGCGAAGAAGAAUAUGCCCACGUGCCACAUGGUAUACUUUGUCAGAGACAUGAUCAUCGAUCCUCCGCGAGGGAAAAUGCGCGACGUGCUGCCCGUUCUCGUCAUGACUGCCCGCAUGCAUUCUUGUGAUGUGUCUACUUCCAAGAGCCCGACCAGCGAUGCCUGUCCGGAGGACGACACGCUGCAGUUCCUGCUCAUUUGGCUUUGCACCUUCAAGCCCACCAACGUUCGUGUUGUUGGAACGCUUUCCGUUGAGGCCACGUGCGCCUAUGUGGCGGACAGCCUGAUGGUGCGUACUGCUCGGGCCUACGAUAUACGGGCGCCCCAGGACAUGCGCACCAUCUACCGCAGUCCUUCCACCCUGAUCAUGCCCUACGACUUGGUCCGCCGCAUCACCCAGAGAGGCAACCGGUCCCUCACCGUUAAGGUUAAGAUUGAGUAG